AUGUUUCCUGGUUUAAGUAUUGAGUACUGGAAGGAGAAUAUUAUCCUUCAAAUGGGUAACAAGGUGGGGAGAGCAAUCAAGGUGGAUGAUACUACAUUGAAGAGAGAAAAUGGAUAUUAUGUAAGUGUUUUAGUAGAAGUGGAUAUGUCAAAAUCAAUUCCUAGUAAAAUUAGUGUUGAAUCUGAAUAUGGGAAGUUUGAUCAAUCAGUCCAAAUUCCUAAACUACCAAAGUUUUUUAAUCAUUGUCAAGUGAUUGGCCACUUGGUUGCUGAAUACAGAAUUAAGAGACAAUCACAACUUCAAGAACCAGCUAAGCAGGUACAACCUAAAAAAAUAUGGAAACAUAAAGUAAAGGAAGUUCAAAUUCCUCUAAAAGUGGGUUUUGAUAUAUGCUUUCCAUCCUCUGAGACAGGUAAUGAAACACCUAAAUCUGUAUGCCAGGUGGAGGAAGUUUUUAGAGAGGAAGUAUCUACUGAGAUUAUAAUUCAUCCUACAAUUCAAUGUGGGGAAGCUUCUACUUCAGGUAGAUUUCAAGUACUUCAAGACAAAUCUGAAGAACUGCAGGAAUUAUUGGAAGCUCAAGAUUCAAUACUACAAGUACAACAAAUUCUAGAAGUGAGUUCUAAUACCCCUUCUAUCAACAAUGCAGUAGAUAUUAAGCAGCCAGUUAAUGAAUCUUCAAAUAACGAUACAUCUACUGCUCAAGGCUCCAAAGUGGAAGUUAUGAAAGAAAGCUCUAAAAACAAAGCAAAGAUUACUAAGUCAGUGAGGAAUGUGACAACUAGAACUCAGGCAGCUCAGAAGAUCGGCAGUUCUACAAAUAGCUCAAAAUUUUCAGGAGUGAGGGGUCCUCUUUCUCCUCAACACUCUUCAAAAUGA